AUGUCUGACCGUGCUACUGUGGUCAUGCAGGUGGUGGCGGAGUGCGCCAUGCAGCUGCGCAGGAUCGGCGACAAGUGGGACCUGCGGCAGAAGAUCCUGAACCUCCUCACAAAACUCUUCUGCCCGGCAACCAAAUAUGCAGGGGUAACCUCUUUUAUCCCAGCACAGGCCUGCAACCUCAGUGUGGUCCUCCGACCCCAAAUGCUGCACCCUCCUGAAGCCUCUGUCACCAUGGUGGUGACCAGAGUCAAGGACCAGUCCCGACAGAGCAGCUGA